AUGUCUGCCAAGGAAUUACAGAAAAACACGCCGAGCUACUUCAGUAAUCCGCACAAGACUCCGUACGUGUACCGAACAAUUCCGGAUGCGGUGCAGAACUGGGCAGAUCUUCGUCCUAACACGGCUGCUGUCGUUGUCAGAGAUUUGGGGAAACCGAGGCAACUUCUCACAUUUCAACAGUUAGCACGAGAUGCCAGAGUAUUCGCGGAGAGCUUGGUGCGUGUGGGUCUUAGACCUGGUGAAAAUGUGGCCCUUUACGUACGGAACAGCGCGGAAUGGAUGGUGGGAUUUUGUGGGGUUGUAAUGGCGGGGGGAGUCGCUGUUACGGCCAUGUCAUACCAUCCGGGCACUUGUGUCCGGGCAGCGACAGAGGUGAAUUGUAGGUUCAUCAUCCUGGACAUCCGCGAGGCACAGAGGCUCCAAGAUCCUCACUUGCUGGAUGAUGACAUUCAGGCGCAGUGCAAUACCCAUAACUUUGACACCAAGGCAAUCAUUUUAGUGCAGAAUUCACCGAAAUCACGGCGUUUUAUGGGUUUUAGUGACUUGGUUAAAAGAACAGACGACACAGCGGGUCAAGUGACACUGCCUCUCCUCGAUCCGGAUGGCAUCUGCCUGAUGUUCCCCACGUCUGGGACAACUGGGAAGAGCAAAUAUAUGCUUCAUUCUCAUUUUGCCAUCAUCAACGGUUCCAAGGCGGUUGCUGAUAGGGUAGGUUUGAGCCCGGGGGAUGUGUUCUUCACGGAUAGAGCUAUGGGAUAUUCUGGUGGGUUUCCCAGUUAUGUGUUCUCAGUUGGGAUAACAAUGCUGUUUGUGCAAACCAUGCCAAUACCUUCAACGGAAAGUGUAGAGUUUCUGAUGUCAGCGCUCAAAGAGGAACAGGCAACAAGUGGUUUCUUCCCACCAUAUCUGCUGUUCGACCUGGCCAGGUUGGAUAGUCGAAGCGAUGAGAAGUGUUCAAAACUUCGGAAAGUGAUGCUAGGAGGCCAAGUGCUACAGCGACAGAUGUUUGAGACGUUGCAUCGUUUUGCAGAAAAACCUGUUUGCAUUUACGGUAUGUCUGAACUUUUCGGGUAUUUCACCACUAAGCCUGGCGAGAACAUCCUGCCUAAGGAAGAACUUACAUAUUUGCCUUGUGAAGGGAUACAAGUGAAGAUUGUCGAUGACUCUGACAACGUGGUUCAUGUGGGUACAGAGGGAGAAAUCUGUAUAAGAAGUUUCUCUUUGUCAAGAGAGUAUUUCGGCAAGGAUAUAUCGCCACUGUUGGACUCGAAAGGAUGGUACCACACAGGUGAUAUGGGAAGAUUGACAAAAUGCGGCCACCUAACGAUUAGUGGUAGAAGAAAGGAGAUUAUCAAAAGAGGUACUUUCAUAGUUUAUCCAGCAGCCGUGGAAAAUCCUCUUCGUGAUCACCCAGAUGUAGAGGAAGUGUAUGCAGUGGGCGUCCCUGAUGUGAGAUUGCUGGAGGAGGUAUGUGUUUGUAUCCUCCCCAAACAAGGCUCAGAACUGACAGUGGAAUGUAUCCGGUGCUUUGCCGAGCAGGUUUUCCAGCCCGCUCUUUCUCCAGACAAGCGUGGUUUAAUGCCAGGGUAUUUUUUCAUCAUGGAUGACAUUCCACGUUUAAUAACUGCGAAAGUAAACAGGCGAGAGCUUAAGCAGAGGUGCGUUGAGCUAUUAAAAUCACGUAGUGGAAGGGAACAUGUGGCAUGAUUGUUUAAUUAGCAUGUU